CAGAAGAGGAGAGGAGAGCAGGACAGGGCAGGGCAGGGCAGGACGGAGGGACGGAACAGGGCCCGGCCGCACCGGCCUCACGGUGGACCGCGUGAAGCCCAAUCCCACGGACAGAGGGACAGCCGGCUGGACAGCUGGACGGCCAGAGUCGGCACCCCGCCAGGGCUCCCCGCUGGGAUUUGUGGGUUUUUUUUUUUUUUAAGUCUUAACAUUUUUUUAAAAAAAAUCACAACAAAAAGCCAACCAACUCACCAGCCCAGCUCACCCUUGGCCUGCCUCCUGCCUCCCACCUGCCCGCGAUGCCCUCCAGUGGUGCCAUCGAUAGCAGCAGCUCCAUUCUGGAGAGGGACGAGGACCGCAAGGAGGAAGAGGAGCUGGAGGAGUCCCGUGGCAGGGAAGAGCGACAGGAGCCCGGCACACCCAUGAGGAAGGUGGGGCGGCCUGGAAGGAAACGCAAGCAUCCGUUGGUGGAAAGCAGCGACAUCCCGAAGGAUCUCACCCCAGCCUCCAAGUGCACUCCCCUGGCUCCGGUCCCCGUGGAGCUGCUGCCCAACGGGGAUGUGGAGAAACUGGCUGGUGCCCGGCUUGAAGAGGGCAGCCCCGCUGGGCGCAAGGGUGGACCCCGGGCUGAGAGUGAGGCAGAGAUGGAGAGUCCGACCGAGACCGAGAAUGCCCGAGCCCUAGAGAACGGCUGCUGCAACCCCAAGGAUGGGCAUGAGACCUCUGUGGAUGAAGGCAAAGAAGAGAAGGAGGAGGCUAACUUUGACUCCCUGAAAAUGGAGGGGUCCCGGGGCCGCUUGCGAGGGGGCCUGGGCUGGGAGUCAAGCCUGCGCCAGCGACCCAUGCAGAGACUCACCUUCCAGGCAGGUGAUCCCUACUACAUCAGCAAGCGCAAGCGGGAUGAAUGGCUAGCACGCUGGAAGCGGGAGCAGGAAGAAGCAGUUGGAAAGCAGCAGAGCGAGAUGAGAAAGGAGGAGGAAAGAUUUUCAUGCAGACAGGGACACUCUCACUCCUGCCCGGCACCCCUCUCCAGGACUGAGAUCUCUAGGGCUGAGAAGAAAGCCAAGGUGAUCGCGGUGAUGAAUGUGGUAGAAGAAAGCCCAGGAGCGGGGGAGCCACAAAAGGAAGAGGAGGCUAGCCCACCCACCGUACAGCAGCCCACUGACCCUGCUUCGCCCACGGUGGCCACCACCCCUGAGCCCGUGGUGGUUGACGCCGGCGACAAAAAUGCCACCAAGGCAGCCGACGAUGAGCCUGAGUAUGAGGAUGGCCGGGGCUUUGGCAUCGGUGAGCUGGUGUGGGGGAAACUGCGAGGCUUCUCCUGGUGGCCGGGCCGCAUCGUAUCCUGGUGGAUGACUGGCCGGAGUCGAGCGGCCGAAGGCACCCGCUGGGUUAUGUGGUUCGGAGAUGGGAAGUUCUCAGUGGUGUGCGUGGAGAAGCUGAUGCCUCUGAGUUCGUUCUGCAGUGCCUUCCACCAGGCCACAUACAACAAGCAGCCCAUGUACAGGAAAGCCAUCUAUGAGGUCCUUCAGGUGGCAAGCAGCCGGGCAGGAAAGCUGUUCCCAACCUGCCCUGAAAAUGACGAGAGUGACACAGCCAAGGCGGUGGAAGUACAGAACAAGCAGAUGAUCGAGUGGGCCCUGGGUGGCUUCCAACCCUCGGGCCCCAAGGGCCUGGAACCACCGGAAGAGGAGCGAAACCCCUACAAAGAAGUUUACACAGAGAUGUGGGUAGAACCUGAAGCCGCUGCCUACGCCCCACCUCCACCCGCCAAAAAGCCCCGCAAAAGCACAGCUGAGAAGCCCAAGGUCAAGGAGAUCAUUGACGAACGCACACGAGAACGACUGGUGUACGAGGUACGACAGAAAUGCAGAAACAUUGAAGACAUAUGCAUCUCCUGUGGGAGCCUCAACGUCACCCUGGAACACCCCCUCUUCAUCGGAGGAAUGUGCCAAAACUGCAAGAACUGCUUUCUGGAGUGUGCGUAUCAGUACGAUGAUGACGGCUACCAGUCCUACUGCACCAUUUGUUGUGGCGGGCGAGAGGUCCUUAUGUGCGGCAACAACAACUGCUGCAGGUGCUUCUGUGUGGAAUGCGUGGAUCUCCUGGUGGGGCCGGGUGCCGCCCAGGCCGCUAUCAAGGAGGAUCCCUGGAACUGCUACAUGUGUGGGCACAAGGGGACCUAUGGGCUACUGCGGCGGCGGGAUGACUGGCCCUCCCGCCUCCAGAUGUUCUUCGCCAACAACCACGACCAAGAAUUUGACCCACCAAAGGUUUACCCUCCAGUCCCGGCUGAGAAGAGGAAGCCUAUCCGAGUGUUGUCUCUCUUUGAUGGAAUUGCUACAGGGCUUCUGGUGCUGAAGGACUUGGGGAUCCAGGUGGACCGUUACAUUGCCUCAGAAGUGUGCGAGGACUCCAUCACAGUGGGCAUGGUGCGGCACCAGGGCAAGAUCAUGUAUGUGGGCGACGUCCGCAACGUCACGCAGAAGCACAUACAGGAGUGGGGCCCUUUUGACCUGGUAAUCGGAGGCAGUCCCUGCAAUGACCUCUCUAUCGUCAACCCUGCUCGCAAGGGCCUCUAUGAGGGCACCGGGCGGCUCUUCUUUGAGUUCUAUCGGCUCCUGCAUGAAGCACGACCCAAGGAGGGGGAUGAGCGCCCCUUCUUCUGGCUUUUUGAAAAUGUGGUGGCCAUGGGUGUCAGUGACAAGAGGGACAUCUCACGCUUCCUAGAGUCCAACCCUGUGAUGAUCGAUGCCAAAGAAGUGUCUGCAGCUCACAGGGCCCGGUACUUCUGGGGUAACCUACCCGGUAUGAACAGGUUGGUGAGAGCAUGGCCCUUGGCAUCAACAGUGAAUGAUAAGCUGGAAUUACAGGAAUGUCUGGAGCACGGCAGGAUAGCUAAGUUCAGCAAAGUGAGGACCAUCACCACUCGGUCAAACUCCAUCAAACAAGGCAAAGACCAGCAUUUCCCUGUCUUCAUGAAUGAGAAAGAGGACAUCUUGUGGUGCACUGAAAUGGAAAGGGUCUUUGGCUUCCCAGUCCAUUACACUGACGUCUCCAACAUGAGCCGUUUGGCGAGGCAGAGACUCCUGGGUCGGUCGUGGAGCGUGCCUGUGAUCCGUCACCUCUUCGCCCCCUUGAAGGAGUAUUUUGCCUGUGUGUAAGAGACAUGAGGAGGAACUGAGGUAGUGUCGAAAAGUCAAAAUUAAAACCACCAAGAUCACGAGGAUGGAGAGAAGUAUCAGCACCCGGAAGAGAAAAAGGAAUUUAAAAAAAAAACAAGGAAAAAACACGAAAAAACACAGAUGGGGAAACAUCGCAAGGCAUUGCCAUGCAGAAAGGGUUGGACAUCAUCUCCUGAAUUUUCAAUGUUAAACUUUGAUCCUAUUUAACAACAAAACCAAACCCCCUCUUUCUUUUGGGUCAAAACUUUCAGUUUUCCACUCUUUUUCCAAAGGGGAUUUCUGUUUAUUUGGGUUUUUGUUUCUCGAGCUGUGACUGAGACUAGAGGGUUUUUUUUUUUUUCUCAUGCUGUAAAAAGAGAAGGAAAAAACCGGAAAUUACAGCCAAAAAAAAAAACCACCAAGAAAACAUCAACACCGCCAAUGCAGAGGGAAGAUGAGAGAGAGGGGGAGAAAAUGAAAUAUACUAUAGAAAUCUAUAUAUCGUUAUUUUUUUUAAAUUUUUUUUAAAUUUUUUUUUUUUGUCUCUGGCCUGGUCAGAUUAGGAGCACAAGCGGGGACAGAAAAACAGGGAGAUGCUCAGGUGGCCACAUUCACUUCCAGCCACCGAGCCUUAUCUUACCAGCACCAUUCCUGGUGAUGCAAACACAACCCAACUAGCAGCAGGGAAGACGAGAACACCCACAUACACUUUUAUACAGUAUUUCAGGUGCCUACCACACAGGAAACCUUGAAGAAAAUCAGUUUGUAGAAGCCGCUGUUACCUCUUGUUUACAGUUUAUAUAUAUAUGAUAGAUAUGAGAUAGAUAUAUAUAUAUAAAUAUAUAUAUAUAAAAGGUACUGUUACUACUGUACAACCCGACUUCAUAAUGGUGCUUUUAAACAGCGAGAUGAGUAAAAACAUCAGCUUCCACGUUGCCUUACGUGCAAAGGAUUUUACCCAAGGGUGGAGGAAAGGAAGAGAUGAUGGCUUUUUAAAAAUACUGAAAAUGAGUUUUUUCUUUUUCUUUUUAAAAUUGGGCAGGGGAGGUGAGGGCAGGGAGAGGAACGGUGCCUCCAUCCCUUCUUUCUCCCUGCAGAAGCGGGGGGUAAAAGUGUGGGACGGGGCAGGGCGCAGUGGGAGUUGGAGGAGAUAGACGUCCUUGAGUCAUGCAAUAACCUUUGGCUCUUUCCCUAGGAAAGUCCCUGGGAGGGGCAAGGGGUGGCUGGGUCCCCUCCCUCCCGCAGCAGCUCCUCCCACUGACUCAAGAGGACAUCUCAUGUAGGGGACAGGAAACAACCCAGAGUUGGGGGGUGGGUGGUGGUCGUCACCCUCCUCCCCCCUUCACUGGGGUCCGGGGCAGCUAAAAAUCCACCCUGGAGAGAAUAAAAAAACAUACAAAACGUACUGGUGCUUUUCUGUCUAAAUUGCCUUUUGUGUGUUCUUUUAUGAAAACCCCACUCCCCUCGCCCUCCUGCCCCGUUCCUCGGCCUGCACGAGGCAAACCCCUGGUUGCAGAAGACUGAUGUUUUUGGUCAUCUCCACAAACAUAGGCUGCAGUUUUAUACUGAGAGGCUGAUGACAUCUUUUUUUAUGAUUAUUAUGGUUCUGAUUAUGGUUAUCUGUUUGUUUUAGGAUUAAAAAAAAAGCAAAACACCCUCCCUUUAGGUUCAAUCCAAGGUGCAGGGAGCAGGAUGGGGAGAGUAGUGUCUUUUUUUAAUGCCGUGGCUCCCGUGCCCUGCUCCCAAGGGGGACCCCGGCUCCCCGCCCCCCUUGCUCAGGCCUCGCACAUCGCCUGGUGCAGCGCUAGACAGGCAGCUCAGCAGUCACUGCCCGUCUGCCUUCUGGGGCUCAGCCCCUCCUCUCUUCUUUGGGUUUUCUUGUUCUUCACCUGAGGCGGGCGGGGGCAUUGGGGAGGGCACGGGCGGUUCCUCUCCUUUUGUGGAUGAUGUGAAUUGUGUGUUUCUUCUAGUCCUUGGUCAAACUCCGGCUGUGCUCUUUACCUCGGGUCAGCAGCUCCAUAUCCCCAGCUCCAGACCCCUGUCCCGCUUCCCGCUUCCUCAGACCGGCCUCGGCGGGAAGGUGAAGCACACGGUUGCUCCGGGGCAGGAGCCCAAAGGGCAGAAGCCUGCCCGGAUUCAAGGGGUGUAGAUAUAUGGCAAAUAGAGAGAUAUAUAUUUUAUAAUGGGAAGUGGGAUGUGUCCUCCUGGGACCGGCAGGAGUGGGAGCCGCUCUUGGAAACAAGAGGUCCCGGUAUUACCAUCCCCGGAAGGAUAGGACCUAUGGUGAUAGGCGCUCUAUAAAUACAAUAUAUAUAUGAAAUAUAAUGCAGCGAGAGAGGUGCCUAUGACUUGGUGUGAAGUCUUGACUCUUCUCUUCUUUCCUUUUCCACGUAGAUAGCCCCUCCCCACACAAACUCCCAGACACACAUGCAGACAGUUGCCCUUUCAACAGGCCCGGGCACUCUUACACCCUCCCGCCCCCCACCAUAUACACACACACAAACGCGUGCACGCACACAUGUGCACUUACCCCCGACCAGGGAGCUCCCAAACUUAUUAUCCGGUGCUUAGUGGGACCCCCGCUUAGAACCGUUUACCUCGACCUCGCAGCUGACCGGGACGCCCACCACCUUUCUACUCUCGCUGUGUCCUGGGAGCUGCUGAGGGUUGCAAGGUGCUGGAGGCAGGGAAGGGAGGAGGAUGCGGCAGAUGGCAUUGCAGCAGAGAGAUGUCCCUCCCCGGAGUAGCCUCUGUUUAAUUCUCUCCGUCUCUUUUUUUAGUGACUGAUGGUGAAAAGUCCUGGACUGACAACCCUGGAGACUGAGGUCCUCACUUUGUCUCCAAAGCAGGUAGAGCUCUGACCAGGCCAUGACCAGAACUAACCCUCCCGCCUCCCACCGGCCUGGCCUGGGUGACUUCCUUUUCCAGGGGAUGAGGAAACUGGUCCUUAGGGUGCGGUCCUUGGUCAGUGUGAGCCUGGAGGGGGCCUGCCAGAAGAGGGAGCGUUGAGCUGAUCGGGAAGCCUGGGAUGGCACCCGUUAGCCCGAAGGCCGGCCACCUGAGGCUCCCUGCCGGGGUUCGGGAGCUCCAGGUCUCCCUCAGGCUCCUAAACUGCCUGUUUUAAUUGGCCUGGCCCAAACUUGCCCCAGUUAUCUCUCCUUUCCCUGGUCCUAUUAGUUGGGCAUGGCGGCACACCCGGCCCCAGGUUCUGCCGCCUGCCGGAUGUAAGCUUUCAGUGAGAGGGGCCGCCGGGCUGCCUCGGCAUUUCCGGAUUUAGUGCGGCGAUCUCUCUCCUCUCCUCCUUUUCCUCCUGAUUGGGGAGACCACCAGCACCACUCCAGGAGUGGCUAGAGGAGGAGGUGGGCUGCUCUCAAACAGUCCAUGGUGCUCCCUCCCCCAGUAGUCAAUGCUGCUUCCAAGGUCUUCCCAGUUCCCAGCGGCGAGGCAGAAUGCCUCAGCCCUGGGGUGUCUUUCCAUCCCGCCCAGACGUUUCUAAAAGCUAGUCCCAUCCCAAUCUCUAGCUCACGAAUCCUGUCUACUCUGCAGGGCCACAGGGCCCUGAUUUUCCUUGGGGACUUCCCUUAUCUGGAGACCGGACUUCCCCAGGGACCAGCUGAGCAGAUGAGAAAUGUCUCCUCUGCCCGUCGUCCCUGGUGCCUCAGGCAGCUAGAUUCCAGGAGCCACUUGGCUCUCAGCAGCCCUGAGCACCUUGUGCUUCACCUGGGACCUCUUGUGCUUGGUGAGGAGCCAUCUGGCCUGGUGUUCUGUGUCAGGGCUCUGAACUUACUCCUCUAACCCUGCUCUCCAGGACUCCCCGGGGGAUUUGGGUCUGAGGCAGCAGCCCUUGUUCAGCUUAGGGUCUCAGCGCAUUUCCAGGCCCAUGAAAACCCCGAAAUGUACACUGGCCUCUUGAGGAUCCUCGGGGACAGGACAGAUGAAUACCGGGGGGUGCGGCAGGUGGCUAUGAAAUCCCCCUGCCCCCCUCAAAGACCCGUUUGGGCCAGUGAGUUUGGCUUUGGCCGGGAAGGAGAUGAAUAAUAGUUGAAUCUCUUUCCGCUCUCUGCUUACAGCCUUGGCAUCAAACCACCAGCCCUCCAAGGAUUAACUCUGGCCCUCUUGAGAGCUAGUGGGGUAAAUUUGAUCUCUAGCUGGAUCAUUUUUUGGUGGGAUAGAUUUAAGGCUGCUGCUGAAAAAGUGCAGCAGAGCUACAUAGGAGGGCUGGGGCAUAUGCCAACUGUAGGAGAGCACGCAGAGACUUUGGGUCAGGUAGGUCAGGUACUUCACCCGUGUCCAGAACCUGGAAUGAUGGGUGUGAGAGCAACUGAUAGCUAGGGUUAAGCAGGAACUACCCCACCUCAGGUCCUGCGGGCCUGAGUUAUAGCAGCAGAGGUGUCUGUUGUUCAGUCGUAUUUAUUGAGCUCUUACUGUGUGCAAGGCACUGUCCGUCAGAGGCAGUCAGACUCAGUGAUCAGUGGCUGGGCACAGGCCAAGGAGGGAAGCAGUGAAAAGUGGGGGCUGGGGGGGCCGGGUAUUAUUAGGUCUUGGCUAUACAUGAGGUUGAGCUGACUUGGGAUCAGGUGAAUACAGGAGCCUAGGGGUGGGGUGGGGAGAGAGAGAGAGACCUAGGACAUCUCAGGCACCAGGUAGCUCCCUCUUCCUUUCCCUACGACGAGAGCCCACUUAUGGAAUGAGGGCUCUGGUGUGGGGCGAGAGAUCGCCGCCACCCUGCCAAAGAGAAUGUGGCCAUCACGAGGGGCGUGUGGCCUAGGGUGCUACUGUGAAGACCACUGAGCCCCUCACCUCCAAAGCAGCCAAGAGCGGCCAGGAAACAGGAAGGCAGAUGAAGGACCUAUACGCCGGAUGGCUGGAUGGCUGGGGAGGCAGGCAAAUGGGACAGAGGGUGGGUCGAGGAGCCGAGCAGAUGGUUCCGACUCUUGGUGGUGCUCUUGUUAAUCACCCCUGCCCAUCAGCCAUUGGGGUCCGAGCCCUCCAUGGGCUGCCCACACCCAUGUUGUUCUGUAGCACUAAAGUCUGUGGGAUCCCUCCUGAAUGUGAUGAAGGCUGGUGGAGAGGGCCCAGAUUUGGGGGGGGUGGGUGUGGCAGAUCCUGGGAGGAAGGAAGGUCGCUUUCGCAUAUCCCUCCCGUUGUGGGAGGAACCCUUAAAGGUGCUCAAGAAUCUUUAAUGGGAACCCACUUGCCAUCAUCAGUUUACUAAUAAGGACAGUGAGUGUGCUGCUGGCGAUGGGCUCAUCCACCUAGUAGCCCUCAGGACAGUGGAAGCCCCAACUGAGAGCAAAAGAAGGAAGCAUUUUGGAUGAGCCAUUUGGGGGAAAGUUCUUGCAGGGAAGCGGCAAUGAUUAAUUUUCUUAUCUUAGAUAAAUAGUUGCUAUAUGAAAAAAUAUAUAAAUAUAUAUGUAUAUGUACAACAAUGAAUUUUGGAAGCAGAUUUUCAGAAUUCCCUUUCACUGUCCCGUUUGGGGCAGCUUCUCUCAAAGGUGCCAUUUCCAGGAGCCCCCCAACACAGGUGCCCCCUGAUGGGGCCUGUCUGGGGCAGGAGCCCUGUGAGGUCAGGGAUUUGUUCCUGGGGCACCAUUUCAGAGUGGUGACGUUCUUCUUGAAUGAACUGAAAAAGGGUGGGCCAGAAAGCUCCUCCAGGCAGAAUGCGGCCCCUUUAACAAGCAAGGCCCACUCUCCUGGGUUCCUGGCGGGAACCCUGCUCCCCAAGUCACAGCCCCAUUCCAGGCCUGUGCUUUGUGGAGGCGUGGCAGCUUUCCACCGGCUGUCGAGAUGCUUCUCCAAAUGGCCACAAGCCACAAUUUAGUCCCACGAGUAAUGGCAGGGACCUGGGCCCGUUUUGAGGGCACCGGAGUUCUCCUUGCCAAGCCGUAGCCAUCAGGCGAGGGGCUUCCCCACGCCCCCUCCCCCACCGCACAGUGGGGAGGCGGAGAGACCUGGGUCCUGCAGGCACGGCGGGGCUAGGGGAAGGAAGGAAGAGCUGGUUAUCAAUUGCUGCGUAGGUGGUGGGUCAAUCAGCACUGAACAACUGUGAGUUCCAGCUCAUCUUGGGUGGGCGACGCAGGCACGUGGAGUGUCUGGGAAGGGAACGGCAGCUGGAGAAGGGGUGUUAGUAGCACAUGGGGUCAGCUCCACUGUCUUAGCACCAGCUCUUUAAUCUUUACAUUUUGGUAAAGGAGGAUAGGGAUGGAAAAGAAGGGAGCCCCCUACCCGUUCUUCAGAGACGCUAAGCAAGCUGGCUCGUCCUUCAGCCGGGUGAUGGAUCGCUUGUUCUUCCGGGACCCAAGAAAGGGGAGCCUUCAGGCAGGCUUGGGGGGAGGAGAAGGGGAAAGGCUUGCUCCUGGGGUGAUGGAGGGAGGCCCCUCCUCCAGCAGUGGUGGACCCCUCUCUUCCCGGACUGGAGGCCAGGAGGCAGGGCAGUGGGGCCACUCUCUUCCCUGGGCCGGAGGCCAGUAGGAAGGGCUGGGCCCAUAGCUCCAGCAACUGGAAAUUCUCAUCAAGGACCAGCCAGUUUUGAAUUUUCCCCUUUCCAUACCCUUUGGGAGGGACGAGCUCUGUCCAACACCAAAUCCAAGCAGUCUCCAGUUAGGUAACCUGGGGAGACGAGCAGGGAAAUGAGUCUGAAACAUUAUCUUAGUCACAUCUCAUUUCGUAAACCAGUUUUGUUGCACAGCCCUAGAUUUCAGCAAACAAAAAUGCCUAAAUUCCUUAGAAUACGCAGAGGGAGUAGGUGACUCAACAAGGUGCUAAAACAUUUUAUUAAAAAUAUAUAUUGUUAAAUUAAGUCUACUGUCUGGACAAUGACUGUUUGUUUUGUUUUCUUGUAGUGGAGUUUAAAAGAGGCUAUUAUUUUACUCUGAUAUAUUAUUAUUAAAAAAAGGCAUUUUAACUUUGUACUUGAAAACUAAAUGAGCGAUUUCAUGUGUUUUAGCUGAGGCAUUGAAGUAGCGGGUGCUUACCUAUUUGUGGGAAAUCAUGUAUUCAUACUGAAGAAUAAACUCCGUAGAAAAUUUGGUAAUAACUUUUACUGUUACAGAUGAUUUGGCUUUGACCCCAGCGGCAGAGCGGUUUUAUUCCACAUUCCAUGCAGCUAAAUGGAGGAUUUUUAUUUACCAGACUAUCCCCACCCCUUAACCCCCUGCACUUUUUUUUCUAAGUUCCAUUUUUUUUUCCUCUUCUGUUCUGGUUCCAGCAUCCUUCUGCCACUAUUUUUUUAGGAUUGCUUCUCUAUUUAUUGACAAUAAAUAAUGUACAUUUCACAGUAUGGUUCUGCGACAUCUCAGGGGAAGGGCAUGGUGGGGAGGGGUCGUCCUGCCAAGGAGCAGCCUCUGCCCCUCCCUCCCCGCACUCCCCUGGUGUUCUGUUGUAUCUCUGUGUAAGUGAUGCUCGUGACAUAGCUGUUUAUGAAAUAAUUAAAGAGGUCAAUGCGUGCAGCAGAUGUAGAAAGUCUGUCAGUUCCGCCUUCAUCCCAUUUUCUUUGGUGCCCAGAAGAAUAUAAUUAAAAAAAAGCUCCUUUCUAAUGUACUUGUGCUGGAGAACACUUGAAUAAAUGGACUGUUUUGUGCAAAAAGAAAAAAAAAAGAAGAAAAA